AGGUUAUAUGGUACUACUUUAACAUGUGACAAUGUUAUUGAAGAAACAUCUUCGCAAUUAGUAUUUGAGGCUGAUCAGAAUGGCGGAUUUCGGUCACCAUAUACUAUGAGAAAAAUUGGUAUUGGAAGAGAAUUAUACCAAUUACUUCAGCCAAUAAUAAAUCAAUUUGUAUCUAAACAUCCUGUUGUGCAACAAGAAAAUUACUAUCUUGUCAACAUUCUUACGGAGGAGUCUCGUUUAUUUAAUAACAUCGAGGAUAAUAAAACUACAUUGGAUAUUGUCAAAAAUGAACUUGUACAAUAUUUC